AUGGCGGAGAUGGAUCCGGAAGUGGUGAAGGGGCCUUGGAGUCCAGAAGAAGACGACAAGCUUAGAGAGUUAAUCUCCAAGUACGGACCGCGUAAUUGGUCACUGAUAGCCCAAGGACUCAAGGGGCGGUCCGGCAAGAGCUGUCGCUUGCGAUGGUGCAACCAACUGAAUCCCGAAGUGAACAAGGAUCCGUUCACGGAGGAGGAGGAUCGCAUCAUCGUGAUGGGGCACGCGGAGCACGGCAGCAAGUGGUCCAUCAUCGCCAAGAGCCUUCCCGGUCGCACCGACAACGCAAUUAAGAACCACUGGAACUCCACGCUCAAGCGCAAGUACCCGGCCAUUCUCGCCGACAUCAUCAGCCGACGCACCUCCCGCCUGCUGGACUCUCCGCGCGACAGUAUCAGCGGAAACAGCAGCGCGGGUCCCGCGUCUCCCGCGUAUGCCGCCAUGUACCGCUCCGCGUUCCCCGACAGCCCCACAUUCUCGCCCGGCAGCGGCGCAGGCACACCCGGGAGCGGACGAUACGACUCCAGCCGAGUAGAACACAUCCGCGCGCUUACCGAUGUGCUCCGCCGCCUCGCCACCACCUCUGCCGCCGCAUCCACCUGCUCUUCCCCCAGCGGAAUGCACUCCGGCGUGCCCUCCCCCCAUCCGCUCUCGCAGCCCUUCUCCCCCCACGGCCUCUCCUCCAGCAGCGGCGCGCCUUCCCCCGGCUCCGCGCAACCGUUCCCCUUUUCCAUGGGCGCGGGCGCAGGCGCAGGCGGAGGUUUCGGUUCCGCUAUGACGGGUAUCGGCGGAAGCGGAAACGGAGGGGAUGACCUGCUCGACUUGCGCCAGCAAACCGCCAAGCGCCUCCGCCUGGCCGCUGCGUAUUCCGGGAUUCCGUUCUCCGAACUCCCCUCCCCGCAAGAGGUUCUCGCGUUCCCCAAAAGCGCGAGCCUGGGGGAGCCCUCCGCGCCCACUCCGCCCAUAGUUUCCCCCCUCUUCCCGCGCUUCCUCUCCUCCGCCGGCCCUGCCGGCGCAGGGGGGAGCGGCGCAGGUUUCGGCGGAGAUAACGCGCUGGCGGCGCUUGCAGCAGCAGGGGGAGCGGCAGGGGGAAUGGGCAUGGGUGGCGGCGCAGGACCAGGCGGGUUUGGGGGAAUGGGCGCGGGGGUGGGGUCUUCCCCCCUCGGCUCCCCUAACACCAUGUUCCGCGCAGGUCUCGGUGGGGGAAUGGGCGGAGGGCUGGGGGGAAGCGGCGCAACUGCUAAAACGCCACCUUUCUCCGCCUUUCACCACCGCUCUCUCCUCCGCUCCUCGUCCUCCCCCGUAGAACGCGCUCCCCUCACCGGCCUCUUCCCCUCUGGCCUCGGAACCCCAAACCUAGGGGGUUCUACCCUCGGAUUAUCAGUCUUGGGGGGAGGGGGCGGGACAGGGGGAGGCAUGGAUGGUGGUGGUGGUGUUGGCAGCAGCAGGUCGAAAGGGCCGUCGAUUCUGGGUCGGCGAAAUCUGACCAUUGAUUUGUCGGUGCUGGAGCAGCAGCAGCCGCCGUCGGCGAACGCCACACCUCAAGGAUCGCUCGGCGUGCCUGGCGGCGCCGCCGCCGCCACUGCCGCUGCCGCCGCUUCCGGCGCUGCUGCUCCCAGUUCUGCUGCUGCUGGUGACUGCUCCGCGGGCUCCUCUGACGGUGGUGGUGCUGUUGCUGCUGGUGGCGGUAUUGCUGGUCCUGUGGGAAUGGACGAAGGUGCUCAUCUGUCCUUGAGUCAGCAGAUUCACAACCAGGUGUCGCUCUUUGAUGCCGCUACCCUCCAGCAGCAGCAGGCGCAGCAGCAGGCGCAGUUCGCAGGGCUGGAGUCGACUCAGAAGCGGUCGAGAUUCGCCAUGGCAGCAGGAGCAGGAGCGGGAGCAGCAGGAGCAGCGCGGGGCUUGGUGGGGGACACGGAGAGCGCGUCUAUGUCCAGUGGCGGACUCGCGGAGCGACCAGGAUCUCGCAUGGAAGAGGACAGCGCGGAGUACCAGCAGCAGCAGCAGUGGCAGCAGUGGCAGCAGCGGCAGGAGCAGGCAGAGCGGCAGGAGCCAGUAGCGGAUCGCGUCUCCGUUACAGGAAUUGCGCAUGAAGCCUCGUUAGUAGCAGCGGCCGUGGAGGAUGCGGAACGGGCUAGAGCGGAGGAUGCGGAAAGGGCCAGAGCGGAGGAUGCGGAGAGAGCAAGUCAUCGCAACAAGCGCAAGUUCCGCCUGGAUGCGCCUUCCGCGCAGGGAAGCCCGCCGGCCGCUGCGCCGUUAGCGUGUCCGCCGGUGGCGGAGACGGACGGCGGUCAUGCGCGUCAGGAUGUAACGCAGCUCGGAUUGCAGGUGAAAUGUCAGGUGGGAUCGCAGGUGGGAGCGCGAAGCGGUCAGGGGUUAGCGGGGUCGGGGGAGAGUGACUUGCUUCAACAGCAGCAGCUGAGGCUUGCGACGAGUACUCAACAGCAGUCGCAGUCGCAGUCGCAGCAGAAGGCGCAGCAGCAGUCGCAGGCGCAAGGCUCGGCUGCUGCGCGCAUGGCGCAGAUGCAGAUGACUUUCCGCGAGACCGCGGAAGCAGGGGCGUACGGUGCAGGGGGAGCGUCGGGUAACCGGGUUACCUUGCGGGGGGAUGGUCUCCGCCGUUGGGGGUCGCAGGGGGAAGAAGGUCUGCGCGGAUUUGAAGAUGAGGGGGGUUUGGUGUCUUGUACCGAAGAUGCUUGUGACGGGUCGUGCGUGGGUGGGAUUACCCACGUGGAGGAUGAGUAUUAUGAUGAGGACGGGGAUUAUGAUGACGGUGAUGACGUGGACACAGUGGAUGCGCAGGAGGAUUAUGACGAGGACGAUGACGUGGAUAUAGCGGAUGAUGACAUGGAGAGCGAGUUUGAUGACGCGGAUGACGUGGGAGAGGAGAGCGAUCUGUCGCAUGAUGCUGCUGCUACUGCACAAGCUGCCGGUUCAGACUCUCCUGAAAAUUACAUUUGGGAUGAUGCAACUGAAUUCCGCUUAGAAGAGCUUCUCUUAGAGAAGCUCGAUUCGCUCCAUAGCGAAGCGGUGGUCAAGGUCGCUAGCUUCGGCUACACCGAAGAAGCGGCUCGGCAGGCCGUCGACAGGUUCGGCAGCUGCUUCGGCGAAAAGGACGCCCUGACCAACAUCGUCUCCAAUGCUCUCCUUUUCGGCAGAGGCCCGGAAAUCGCAGCCAUGGCUGCAGGCAGGCUCGGGGCAGGGCACGGGGGGGAGCCCGAGCCUGGGGUUUUCGACUCGGAGGGAGCUGCAGCAGGAUGGGGUGUCUCGUAUGCUGUGCGCGCUGCAGGCUGUGUGGGGCCCGCAGAUGAGCCGCGGGGAUGCCAUGUGGUGCCUUCUCAUGAGUGA